AUGGCCUCGUCCGCAGAGAUCGUGGAGGGUGUGCCCACUCCAGUCCUGCGCCUGCUCCCCCCGGUGACUCUGCUUCAUAACUUCGAACUGCAACGCCAGAACCAGCACAUGGUUCAUUUCAUCUCUCAGCUGCAGGAACAGCAUCAGUUGAGCGAUCAUCUUACCGCGAACAUCACGCAUGCGUUCCGACUCGCGCUGCGACGCGAUCUUGACACUCUCAUAAAGUUUGGGACCUUGAUAAAAGACCAGCUGCGAGGACGCGAGGUUCUUGCUGACCACUUUAACGCUUGGGCCGAAGCAGCUGCGGCUCUCCGCCGCCUUGGAUUUUCACGGCCCAGCCAAAUUCCCACCGAAGCGUCGGUUCUCGAGCAGCAAUUGCGUCGGUGCGUUCUGAAUCAUAUGAAGUACGGUUUCCAGCAUCUCUACAAUGAGUACAAUGGACAGCAUGAUCAGAUCAUUGAUACUGUGUACAAAGCGCUCGAGAAACGCUUUGGCAGUACACUCGUCAACGAAACCGUUCGCGAGCUCCGUGAAGCAAACAAUCUUGUUGAUCUGUCAGAGGUACAUCGCCUUCUUUUGCCCAAGGCUUUGCACGAGUCCUUUAGGACUCGCGAGGCACCUGUCUCGACUUCUCCUAGCCUCGGCAUGGAUCAGCGCAUGCCUCGCUACCCAAAGAAUAAGAAGGCCGCCGUUCCACUGAAUUGCCCUGUCGACCUCUACGAACAACUUUCUGUGGUCAUGAAACAGGGCGGCAUUCCUAUCGCGGACUACUUUGCCAUUGCCAGCCAUGUCUGUCGCAUAAAGCAGCAGACUCACCCGGGAACCGAGAUGGCAAUCAUUGAUGCCUUUAUCGCCGGAAUAGACAACGAGCUUUACCGCCGGCGAAUGGUUCACUGGCUACGUAAAGGAAGAUGGAACUGGGAGGCCGUCUCUCAGUACGUCGAAAUUCUGAGUCGUGAGGAAAUCUACUUGGCCAAUCAGGAGUAUGCCCUUCAGCACCAACUUGAGGAUGGAUCGGUUCUUUUGCCGAAUGGAAGCAGAAGCUACCGCUUCACUUUCCUGCCGCCUAUCAACGAUGAAGAUCUUACUUCCAGUGAUGAAGAGUGA